AUGCUUAAUCAAUAUCUUAUAUCACUACUAACUGCACAAUCGAGCUUCAUAAAUGAAUUAUCACCAACAGUUAGUCUGUGUAAUAUAGCUGAGAGAAUUCAUUCACAAACGCAUUGUUUAAAUUUAGCCUUAUGGUUAAUAUAUCGUGGUCAUGCAUUAAUUGUAUAUCCAAUUGUAGCCAAUAAUAUGUAUGUAUUGGCACCUCAUUCUAAAGCAUGGUUUACACCACAAUUGAUUGGCCAGUUUGCAACAUCCUUUCCAGAAGUCAAUUUGGCUGAGCUUUUAACAUCAUUUUCCACAACUUUUAUACUGAAAGAUCACUUUCAUCCGUCUAUUGGUAUUGCGGAUAAUCUUCAUUAUGAUGGAGAUUCAGAGAAUAAUAAUGCCAAUUGUUCUCGAAACAAACCGUCUAAAACUUCAUGGACAAAUUUACCAUUAACACAAAAAAUCAAUCUAAUAGCUUGGCUUCUUCGACGUCGUCUUAUCAUCCAAAUUCAUAUUUACAUAUUCCCAACAUUUCUAUCCAGUGUAAAUCAAAUGAAUUCGUUGCUUACUGACAGAAACAUUCCAAAUAAUUUAGAGAAUUUACAUAUAUCGUGCAAUGUCAACAAUACAACCUAUAGUAGCUGUAACAGUAGUAGUAGUGGUAGUAGUAAUAGUAGCGAAUAUGACAGUGAUGAAAUCACUCCUGAGUAUCAAGACAAUGAGAAUAAUAAAAAUCCCCAUAUGGAUUCUACCCUCCCAGAUUUAGAUGAAUUGUGUAAAAUGAUUCCCAAGGAUGUCUUACAUGAAUUAACUGAGAAUUUGCCUGUUGACUCACGACAAUCUUUACUCCACUCUAUUCUAAGUCAUCCUGGAGCUGUUCAAAAUAUUCAACUACUCAAGUUAUUCAGUAGAAUUUUACCGCAUUUACCAGCACACAUCGAGGAGAUUAUGUUUAAAGAGCAAGUGAAACGAUCUACACUGAUUGAAUGCAUCGAGAGAUUCUCUCCAUUCUUGGCGACUGCUAGACUUCCAGAUCCAGUAACUGCUUGUUUUGCUGGAAUACCAUGGCCUAAUUAAUUUUUUGCUUCGUCUCUGUCUCUAUACAAAUUGUAAACAGGAUGAAAAGGUC